AUUAUUUGCAGUUUUAGCCAUUUCAUUGCCAAAAAUAGCGAUAACUACGACUGCAGUAAAUGUGGGGACCGUAUUAUUCACGCAACAAGAUAUGCACAAAUCAUGUUGGACCAUAGAAAGUGCUGCACUUUUGACCACUAGGAUGAUUUUGGAGGAUUUGAUGCCCACUGUUGAGGAUAUCACCAUUGAUGGCAAUGAUUUUAUAAGCGAUUUGAUGACUUAUUACAGAGAAAUAAUAAGCGUUGUUAGAGAACAGACUAGGGGGAAAAGAAAGCAUAUAGUUUUGUUGGCCUUAACAGAUAUAAUAGGAGGCUAUCUAAAAAUGGUGGUUAUUCCCAGGGCUAAAAAGGCAUAUUACGCUGGAGUAAUAGAUUUUAGCAGCAUGGAAAGAUUAUUACAAUUGUAUGAGGAAUUAAAGUGGUUUUUAAGAACGAACGGAUUAGGCUGGGGCAAGACAAACGACUACAAUAUAGCGGUAAAAAUACUUCCUCUCAAUAUGGACACGGUCCAAUGUAAAGAAUCGUGUGAUGCCAUAAUUUACUACACAAAAUCGCAAGUGAUACCACAAACUCCCGCCACAUCACAAAAAAAUAAAAACGCGACCGAAACCGAUAAAAAGGAACAAAAAGAUGUAGAACCCAACUAUAUAUUUCCCAUACCUUUCUUUGACACAAAAAUACACCCCAAUGCAAUAGCAAUACCUUUUAAACAUAAGACCUUGAGAAAUAUAGAGUCCAAAAAGGCCAACAACCUGAUCAUGAACUUUUUUAAAGCCGUGUAUACGUGCAUGGACGAUAAAAAGGUGGAUAUGUAUAGCAGAAAAAAGUUCUACAACGAAUUUUAUUCCUGGAUUAAUCGAGAUUGUAUUCCCAAAACCGAAGAUGAUAAGUUUUAUGCCGCUUUUGGUGGUAUUUUGAGAGUGGAAGAUGCCUUGAGAUCCUUUGGGGCUGAAUUAUUAAAAAUAACCACUACAACAACUAUUAAAUUUGAUGAAGAAGGUUUAAACGAAGUAGCUUCACAAGAAGCAGGAAAUAGUUCAUUUUCAUCCAGCAACUCUAGUUUGGUCAUAUUGGCCAUAUUGAUAGCCAUAUUCGUUUGGUUUUUGCUCGGAGUCCUAUUUAUUUGUUACCGAAUCAGAUCAAAGAGAAAAUAUCAGUGUACAUGUACAAGUAAAUCUACGAUUAAAAAAAAUAGUUCAAAGUUGAACAAGGGAAGUACUUCAUCAAAAACGUCAAGCACAGAUAGUCGAACAUAUGCUAAAUGUACAUGUGAAACAAAGUCCAGUAGCCCAGAAACACAAGCGUCCAAGACCUCCACAAAAUCGUCAAAAGACAAAACCAGCAAUAGCAAAUUAGAUGAGCAUACCAAGUCACCACUUGCUGUGGCAACCUUAGAAACAAUGCAGUCGUUGAAAUUGUUACCAUCAAUAGCAGAAAUUUCCGAAAGGAGCACAUCAAAAGAUGACAAGAAUCUGUACGAUUCAGAAGAAACUUCCAAUUCCAGUAGUUUCAGUUUGGAGUCCAAUGAAGACCGCAAGGAACGUGAUCAUAACGCCAAGUCUUACUCGAUAUAUCACCACGAAGAAUAUUUAAAACGAAAAGGGGCCUUGCAAAGAAAACUGAAGGCCUGUGAUAGCAAGAGAUACUCACAGAGCAGCUCAACCAAGCCCCAAGAGUAUUCUAGUUCCACACAAAGGGACUCUUAUGGUACUGAACCAUCAACUUCUGAAGAAAAUGCAACAAAAUCCAACAGGUCAACUGAGACAUCAAGUGGGCAACUCAGUAAGGAUAAAAACGCAAAAGAAACGUCAGACUUUUCUACCGAUGCAACGUCACAACUACUGAAAGGUUCUCCCACUAGAAAAAAAAAGACAACUGAUGAGACCAGUAGUGGUAGCUCUGAAGUUAACCCUUCAGAACUAAGAAGAAUUAUUUCUGCAAAUACUUCACGUCACAAGGACAUAGCACAGGAUAUCAAAAUUCCCCCACAUACUACACAAUGUCAUACAGAUUUAUCCGUUGUGGCAUCUAGUGAGGGUAAGAAAAAAUAUUCAUUUGGAUAUGACUUUCAUACCACAUCUUCUGGUGAAUCUUCUAUAGAAAGUGAAGAUUCUGCUUCAGAAAUCGCAAGUGAAAUUGCUUCUUUAUCAAGAUAAACUACUUACCUAUA